AUGGUACUGGCACUAUCGGACUCCAGGUCCCGACAUAAAUAUAACCUGGAGAAGGAGCGCACUCGCAGCGCACAAGAACUAAUGCGAGUAGAGCGCGCCCACACCAAGACCGUGACGGGGCUGAUUAAAAGAGAAAAAGAACUGGCCUCAGAUUGGAUAGUGCCAGAAAAAGAAAUCAAGAAUACCUUGACGGAAGCCAAAAACAUACGCAGUUGGCUGGACUUGAAACCCAGGAGCCAUUCGGGAAAAUCAGUGAGAUCCAGGGUGGACUCAAAGAACAGGAAAAAAAAGCGGAUCAAAGCCCUCCAGGACUUCGCUAAAGAUGGACGCAGCGGCCAAGAAACUCCGCAAACAUUUCCUCUCUACAAGGCAAGGUGGAGAUCUAUCGAA